GAAUUCGGAUCGGGAGACUCGGGGGUUGACUCCUAAGGAUGCCCAAAGCCAGGGUGAAGCUCAUCGUAACCGGAGACGACUUUGGCUAUUGCCGAAGGAGGAACCAAGGCAUUGCGGAGUGUUUCCUGGCCGGUGCGGUCUCGAACGUUUCGCUUCUGGUCAACGGGAGUGCCGUGUCCGACGCCGUGCAGCUGGCCAAGAAACACUGCAUUCCAAUAGGACUCCAUGCCAACCUUUCUGAGGGCACCCCAGUGUACCCAGCACUGAAGAAAAAGUCCACACUACUCAACCCAGAGGGCUUCUUCCAUGGAAAGAUGGGAAUUCGGACAUGUUUAAACGAAGGACUUCUAAAUAUGGCCGAGGUGAAGCAGGAAUUAAUAGCACAGGUUGAGUUGUUCUGUCAACUGACCGGCCAUUUACCGCAUCACAUGGAUGGACACCAACAUGUCCAUGUUCUCCCAGAGAUCAGACACGUAUUUGCAGAGGUGUUAGAAGAUUACGGGAUCACUUAUACACGAGUUCCCAUCGAGCCAGAUCUUCCACGCUGUGGCUGGAUAGCGCCAGCUCUGAUGGAUUUCUACUUGGGAGUGGAGAAGGAUUCGUUGAACACCAUCGAGGUCUUUCAAAAGCAUGGCAUAAGGUGGCCAGAUAUAUAUAUAGGCCUCAGCACCAUGGGGAAAAACAUGUCCAUCCAGAGCAUCCUAGAGGCUAUUGAUAAUGCCACCGCAGCUCAUCUGGCUAACGAGGACCUGACAUCUCCUCCGCCAUCUUCAUUCUUAUGUCCUGGUCAGGGACUCCGGACGGUGACGCUCGAACUCAUGACCCAUCCAGGCUACCCCAGCAUCCCGCCGACUGGAGGUUGCGGAGAAGGCCCGGAUGACUUUUCUCAGUCAUGGGAACGCCUGCACGAACUCGAGACCUUAACCAAGCCAGAGCUCCAGGAACAUUACAGGAGCAGGAACAUUCAGCUCUGCGCCUUCAAAGAUCUCGCCAUCUGACCCUCCUCGGGGAUGGACGCCCCCGUGUUUGACUGCAUCUUGGGUUAGGUGAAGAUGCUGGAUCAGGGAUGGUCCCGGUGGGAGCAGAAGAUCUUUGGGAAGUUUUGGUGCUCUCUGCAGGCAGAUAUUGCUGCUCCUCCUCCCGUUUUAUUUUAUU